AUGCUGCGGCCUCCCCAAGACCAUUCCUUGCUACCUGGGGCCAGAGUCUCCCACAGCAGCUCGCGUGAACGUACCUCGAUUGGAUUAUUCAGCCAGGGUUUACCGUCCCCUGCAAGAACAUACAAUGGCUCCUUCGAUCUCUCAGACACGGAAAAGAACCAAAUUUAUAAUGAAUGGAUUGCAUCGGGAAAACCUCAUAAUCUGGUUUGCUCAGUGUGUCGCACCCCUGAUGAUCUGAUGCCCUGCGAGGCCUGCUGUAGAUCUUACCACACAUCGUGCCUGCCACCGCCAGAUACGGCUGUAAUGGCACAGCAGUUUUAUUGUCCGGCGUGUAAAGCCAAGCGAUGGGACCUCUCACCACCGAAAUUUGGAUCGACUGCCUCCUCCAAUGUUUCACGGGCAAGCACACCUAGUGUACUUGUACCGGCUAGAGUGAGCAGUCGUUCGAGCUCAAUAACACCGAGUACUAGUGUUAUGAUUCAGAGCACGACCCCACAGGGUAUGGCAAGCCCGACCAUUGGGUCCCCAGUUAUGGAGCGCAAGCAUAGAACUUGUCCCGGCCCGGAUAUGACAUCGCUUGACCUUAUACCCCGCGCGAGACAAUUUAUGGGAGAAUUUGAUGAUCACAUCGAUUCUAAAGAACCCCCAAUGGGCCUACUAUUGAAAUUAGGCUCCAUGCUUGCAGACCUUGAAUCUCAGCGGCAACAAAUCCAAAGCUUGAGGGCCGAGAAUGAACAUUUGCGCAGGGACAAUGCCAACAUCAAAGCGUACUUUGACUCUAAUUUAUCCUCCGGAAAGCCGAUUGUUAAUUCUUCAACGGAUAUAUCAUCUACUGUCCAAAGGCCGUUCCCAGACACCGGUGGGAGGUCGUGGGAUAGGAUCGUGAUGGAUUUGAUUUGA